CUGGUCGUCAGAACUCAUUUUCAGCUAGCCUUGUCACAUUUCGUAUAGUGUGACUCCUGUACCACAACCGUCGAGUUGAUUUGUUCGAGCCGUUCACCAGUCCGGUAUUCAACUAGUGUGCUUGGUGAAAGAAAAACACGUCAACUUUGCAGGAAAUAAGGAGAGGCACAUUGCGGUAACAAUAGUCAGGUGAAGAAGCUAUGCAGACGCUACUUCUGAUAUUGCAUUUACUCCUAGCCGCAGCUGCUAAAGUUGAAGACAGCGAAAAGAAGCGGAAUGUCUCAGAUGCAAUUUGCGUGUUUAAUGUUGGCAAUGUCAGCGGUCACGUCAUGUUUCACCAGAGUACGGGUGGCAAUGUGACGGUCCAAGGCAACCUCACCAAUUUACCGAAAGGAAAACAUGGCUUUCACGUGCAUCAGUACGGUGACUUGUCAAAUGGUUGCGCAUCGACGGGCCCCCACUUCAAUCCGUACGGAAUGAACCAUGGUGGUCCGACAGCUUAUGAUCGUCACGUGGGAGACCUGGGAAACAUCGAAGCCGAUGAAAAUGGUUCUGCUCUGUUUAUUAUGGUGGACCAUCUUUUGACAUUAAAUGGCAACAACUCUAUCAUAGGUCGCGCUGUUGUGGUGCACGCCAACGAAGAUGACCUGGGCUGCGGCGGCCAAAACGAUAGCCUAACGACCGGACAUGCAGGAGGUCGCCUAGCGUGCUGCGUCAUCGGGAUAGCAAAGUCGAAACGAAAGAAUGAGCAACUUCAUUAAAAUGCAAAUGAUGAAUGUUUAUACUCUAGGGGUAAUAAAGUGAGCAAGGAAGGUGAA